GGUCAUUCCUCCCUGGGGUGAAAGGUCAGCGGAAGUGGUGCUCGUUCCUUUCUGCCGUAGGCAUCAGUGUUUGCUGUUGAAAUGGGCAAGUUUAUGAAACCCGGGAAGGUGGUGUUGGUGCUGGCCGGACGCUACUCGGGACGUAAAGCUGUCAUCGUGAAGAACAUUGAUGAUGGCACCUCAGACCGCCCCUACAGCCAUGCUUUGGUAGCUGGAAUUGGAUGUUACUACCCCCGCAAAGUGACAGCUGCCAUGGGCAAGAAGAAAAUCGCUAAGAGAUCAAAGAUCAAGUCUUUUGUGAAAGUUUAUAACUACAAUCACCUCAUGCCCACAAGGUACUCUGUGGAUAUUCCCUUGGACAAAACCGUUGUCAACAAGGAUGUGUUCAGAGACCCUGCUCUUAAACGCAAGGCCCGGCGUGAGGCCAAGGUCAAAUUUGAGGAGAGGUAUAAGACGGGCAAAAACAAGUGGUUCUUCCAGAAGCUGCGGUUUUAGAUAUUUUUUGUUUCGAUCAUUAAAAAUGCAAAAAGAAAAA